UUCAUUCAACCAUGAUGAUUGCACGCGCUACUCUACUAGUUAUCAUCGUGCAGGUGAUGAUUUAUUACGGAACAGGCGCUGAAUCUCGCAAACUUCAACAAUCCAAAACGCAAUUUUCUGCUGUGAAUAAACUUAAUGAACCAAAAUAUAUUCCACAUUUUUCAGAAAAUGUUCUUGACGUUUCUGAUUCAUCGAAUGCUACUGAAAAAUUAAACUCAGUCUCAUCUAGUUUCAACGACGAUAAGAAUGAUCCUAGAUAUAAGAGAGAGACAUUCAACAUGAGAACUAAGAGAUAUCAUCUACCUAAUAUAGGUACGGAUAACAGAUAUAUAAUACCACCCAAUAAUAUUUUCUUCAACAAAGCUGGAAUUGAUGAUGAUGAGGAUGAAGAUUACAAUGAAUGGGAGGAUCACAGCAAACCUAAAAUUAUUCCUUUCAGUAAUCGGCCUUCGGGCCUUAGAGGUUCCUUGGCUAAAGAGAUGUUAAAAGCUACAAUUGAUCAAACGAGAGCACUGGUAGAAAUUUUAGAAAAAAUUUCAGAAAUAGUUUGAUAAAUCAUAAAAUGUAUAUUAUUAUAUUGUCUUUUAACGUCUUGAUUAUAACUGCUUUACAUAAUUUACAUAAUUAAUAUGUAAUAAAAUAUUUUCAAUAAAUAUUUCCUCAUAUGUAAUAAGUUAAACGAUUUCUUCUGCAGAAACUACAUUAAAAUGUAUUUUAUCAAACAAUAUUAAUAUAUUUAAUAUGACAGUAGAACCCCGAUUGUCCGAAGCAAAUUUGAAAGCGAAUACUACUACUCUUAUAGGGUAAUUCAUAA